AAAGUUGAGAGCCUUGGUUCAUUGUCGUUUGUGCUCUUUUCGGCUCAUCUUUUUCGUGCUUGAUGGCUUUUGCACCGAAGCCCGGAUGUCCUAUGUGUGGGAUUGUGGCCAGUGCAGCGGAUCAUGCCCCCGGCCAGUCCCCACGCUCACCCAGUGGUCCAGACACGCCAGCACAGCCAGAAAUACUCUGGAGAGACGAAAAUUUUACUGCAUACCGGGAGAAAGUUCAUCCAGUAUCUUCCAACGGUCAUAUAAUCAUUGCGUUCAACCUCCAUGUUCCGUCGAUAUACACUCUGUCUUCCAGUGACUUGCCCCUUCUUGUUAAUGUCAGAAACCUCGGCAGGAGGCUUUUGAGCGUGUCAUCGCCACCCUCUUCCCCCCUCUUCUCACCUGCUAAUAGUUCCGCACCCUCGGCACCUCUACAACAUGCCGAAUCACAGUUUCGGAUCGGGUUCAUUACUCCACCUUUCAAGGAUAACAAAAUUCCUAUCACAGAUCAUCUUCAUACACACGCCUAUCUGGCCCCUGCCGAUCUGUUAGGCUGGUGGAGAGGUGUUGCCUACGGCCCUCUCGCUUGGUACGCUAUUGAUGAUUUGAUUGCUGAGAUUCGGGAGUCGGUGUCGAAUAAUCGCGUGAAAUCUGGUCACGAUAAUCGGAUCAAUGCUCCGAUAGACAUGGUCCCCGAGGCAGGUGCGCGAACUGGUGCAGCCAAUGGCGACGAAUAUACCGCUUCGAGUCUAGCUAUCUCUGAUGUUGAAGAUGGCCUCGCAUCUCCAAGCCCUUCUAGCAACAGAAUUUCCUCUGCCUCUAGUUCCAGUGGUCAUCUGCCCCAUUUACACGUAUGACAAACAACAUUUUUUCUUCCUGAAGUACCGGAUAUACCUCACAUACAUAGCAAGUCCUCGGACCAUAGUCUUCCAAUCACGAACUUCA